GCUGUUUCCCCGCUGACAUUUUGAUGACACGGCUGUGUGGUGGCAGUCAGGCAGAGGACACAUUCAGAUCAACCAGUAAUCACCAUCGUCUCUCACACUGCCAUGGUCUGUGCAAACGAAAAAACAACAGCAGCGCUUCCUAUUUUCUACCGGGAGUGAAAGUUUAAAGGAUAAAAAACAAAACCAUGCUACUGGACGCUACAAUCCCGCGGAUGUAAGCGACAUUGAAGACCAGAAAGUAGCCACCACCACACCGAAACCACGAAGACGAAGCAGUCGGUGUUUUUUUUCCACGCUCGGAGGGAAAGACGGCAUCCGGCCAGAGAAGAAGCUCCGAGGUCGGGGACUCCGGUCGGAGUACCGCUCAUCGUUUCUGGCCUCCCCUUCCUGAGAGCUCCAUGGAGAAAAUGAAGCGGUUCAAACGACGUCUCUCUCAGACGCUACGAGGCAGCCACACUAUAGACGAGUCGCUGUCUGAGUUGGCUGAGCAGAUGACCAUUGAGGAGAAUGGCCUGAAGGAUAGCGAGCCCAUAGUGAGGAAUGGUCGUCCUCCGUCUGCCCACAGUGUACACUCCUUCCUCCACCAGUACACAGGCUCCUUUAAAAAGCCGCCGCUGCGACGACCUCAGAGCGUCAUCGGAGGAGGCCUGGGCUCUCUCAUGGUCAUGCCUCGCAACGGCAGCCGCCUCGAUAUCGUCCAUGAGAACCUGAAGAUGGGGUCGGACGGGGAGAGUGACCAGGCAUCGGGGACUUCCUCUGAUGAGGUGCAGUCGCCCACCGGUGUUUGUCUGAGGAACAGAGGGAACAGACGCAUCUCUGCAGAGGACCUGAACAAACGCCUUUCCCUGCCGGCUGACAUCCGGAUACCUGACGGUUACCUGGAGAAGCUGCAGCUGAGCAGCCCCCCCUUCGACCAGCCGCUGAGCCGACGCUCCCGUAGAGCAUCACUGUCAGAAAUUGGAUUUGGGAAGCUGGAGACUUACAUCAAACUGGACAAACUGGGGGAGGGCACAUACGCUACAGUCUUCAAAGGGCGGAGUAAGCUGACAGACAACCUUGUGGCACUGAAGGAGAUAAGACUGGAGCACGAGGAGGGGGCGCCAUGCACAGCUAUCCGAGAAGUGUCGUUACUGAAGGACCUGAAACACGCCAACAUUGUGACGCUGCACGACAUCGUCCACACAGACAAGUCGCUCACACUGGUCUUUGAGUACCUGGACAAAGACCUCAAGCAGUACAUGGAUGACUGCGGGAACAUCCUGAGCAUGCAGAAUGUCAAGAUUUUUCUGUUCCAGAUCCUGCGAGGCUUGGCGUACUGUCACAGACGGAAAGUUCUCCACAGAGACCUGAAGCCCCAGAAUCUGCUAAUCAAUGAUAGAGGAGAACUCAAACUAGCUGACUUUGGCCUGGCGAGGGCCAAGUCUGUGCCCACUAAAACAUACUCUAACGAGGUGGUAACACUUUGGUAUCGCCCUCCCGACGUGCUGCUGGGCUCCUCAGAGUACUCCACACAGAUAGACAUGUGGGGUGUGGGCUGUAUAUUUUAUGAGAUGUCUGCCGGCAGGCCCCUGUUCCCUGGUUCCACAGUGGAGGACGAGCUGCACCUCAUCUUCAGGCUGCUAGGCACUCCCACAGAAGACAACUGGCCUGGAAUAUCCUCUAUUGACGAGUUCAAGUCCUACAAGUUCCCCAAGUACAAGGUCCAGCCCCUCAUUAACCAUGCACCCAGGUUGGACACUGAUGGCAUCGACCUGCUGAUGUCAUUCCUAAAAUACGAGUCGAAAAAGAGGAUCUCUGCUGAUGAAGCAAUGAGACAGCCAUACUUCAGGAGCCUGGGGCCACGUGUGCACUCGCUGCCAGAGAGCAUAUCCAUAUUCACACUGAAGGAGGUCCAGUUGCAGAGAGACCCUGGCUACCGGAACUCAUCGUACCCUGAGUCCGGGAACGGAAAGAGCAGAAGACAAAGCAUGCUGUUUUAGAUUCUCUGGACUGUAUUUUUUAUUUUUUAUUUGGGAAGGAUCUCCUAGCUGUACAGUCUCGCUGAUGGAUCAGUAACCUGAGAUGGAUGUUGGCGUGGAGCAUCAUCAUCAUCAUCACUCCCCCAGAACUACUUGGGAAACUUGUCCACAGUGUGACCGACCGCCGUUCCAGGUUUGGCCUGAACCUGGCCCAAAAGAGACAUUUAUAUACUGUACAUCUAUAUUUAUUGAGAAGAGAAUUUGCUGCUAAAUACAACUACUGUCUAGAAUUCUAACGGGCUCAGUCACUUUAAUGAAUACAUGCAAUGUGUAUAGAUUUUUAAAUCUUUUUUUCUUUGAAGUGGUGAUAUUUUUAGUGAUUUUUUUUUUGUCGUUAUUUCCAUUUUCCUACAUGCAAAUCUCCACCUCAAAGCUCCUCAGUGUGUGUGGGUGUGUAAGGCACGCAGACAAACAGAGGGAUGUUUCUGUAGCAACUCGAAGGGGUUUGAUUUUCUGUCUGUUGCCACGGUGCCGUUCUCGGCGGCACCCAUCAUUUGUGACCGUUUACUCUGAAGGUUUUUGAGGCCAGCUUUGAACUGAUAAUUUUAUCUGGAGGCGAAUAUGAGAGCAGUGCUGCCAAGCUCUGUGCAAACAGAUCACAUUCUUGUCAGAUGCUGGCAUAUCAUUCCAGGAUGCUGCGGUCUCUUGUCGUGACCAAUGAACAAAUGCAGGGGGAAAAGAGGCGACGUAGAUUUAUUAACAAGGGCAUUACAGGAUUAGUUACGCCUCCUAAAGUCUUCAGAAAAUAUUUUAUAUAUUACUACAGUGAACAGCCUUCUCAUCCUUUUCCACCUCAAUCUGUCACAUUAUCUCCUCCAGUCUGUUACAAAGAGGGGAUGCAGAGUGAAUUCCCAGUGUUGAUAUCUGCUGCCUUUGUCCAUUACAAAUGUGUUCUCCUUUCUGCCAUUCCCAUCUAACAUCAGCUGUAAAAAUGGAUCCUUCUUUUUCUGGAUUGCCUCCAGCAUUGUGUUGCAUGCCUGCUCUGUUGUAUGAGGAAGCACACAGUCACUGAACUCCUAAUUGUGGGAGCAUUAGCUAUAGUCCUUCCCCUAGUGAAUACGAUCUAUUUAACAGUGUUCCAAGAGAUGUUUUGUAUGAUAUUCUUUAACUUUAUUUGUGGAUAAUUGUUAUUGGUGUGGGAUUUUCGUUGCAGAUGCCCUCCCAUAUGAGCCCCCCCCAGAGUAAAAAAAUAAAAUCUAAGGUUUAAACAGAAA